AUGUGCUACCUCCCCGAUCCAGCCGUGCCAUACAAGGACAGUCGGUACGAACAAGUCCAAACAUUCACAGUCGACAGCACAACAAAGGACUCCCAACGGAGCAGCCUCUGCAUGCUAGACUGGGUGACUGAGGGACGCAAAUCCCGCGGCGAGAACUGGGACUUCCACCUCUGGAAAGGCAAGAACGAAGUCUACAGCGUCGACGAAUCAGGCAAGAAGAAGCUUCUGCUCCGUGAUUCACUCAUCCUUGACGAAGAGCUCGACGAAGGAUCGUUAGAAGACGAGCAUGAGACGCUGAACCGCACCGGUGUUAUCCGGGAGCGGACACGACCUCACGGUAUCGUGGGAACGUUGAUUCUCUACGGACCUGUGUUUGAGCACCUUGCAAAUUUCAUCAUGGACCGGUUUACGUCACAGCCACGGAUCGGAGCUCGGAAUUGGUCAUCGUCCGCUCCUGCAGCUAUAGAAGCACCUCCAAAUUACGACUCGAAGGUCACCUUCACCGCUGCUCGUGUACGAGCAGGUUUUGUCCUGGUGAAGUUCGGGGCCGAUAAUUUCGAAACAGCCAAGGACUGGCUGGGUAAUAUUCUUCGUGAGGAGGGAACCGUUCUCAACGAAUUUGGGGAAGAAGCUUUGUGCUGUUUGUGA